UUGAAAGCAUUGCCAUGCACAAAUUCCAUAAGUGUCAACCAACAUUGGAGCAAGGUUAACCUUGCAAGCUAUUGUGCUGUUGCUGGAACAAAGCUAUGCAGGGAGAAAGGAAGAAGAGGACAUCAAUUGAAUAUCAAAAUGCUGUAGAUGCAUCUGAAAAUUUAGCUGAGUCUGGACCUGCUGGUGUGUCAAAAUUGAGAACUGGUGCAUCUUCUCAAGCAUCUGGGUUUGGUCCAUUGUCACCAAAAGCCUUGGAAUGCCUGAAAAACAUCACAGAAGGGCUACAAUGCUGUAUAUGCAGGAAGCUUGCUGAAGAAUCACUUGAACUACCAUGUGAAGAUCUAUUUUGCUCAGCUUGCAUCAUAGAUCACAUUCGCAAAAAUGGAGCAUUCUGCCCAGAGUGCUCCAUUCUGAUUGAAGAUGGUGACCUUCAUGGAGUGGAGUUUUAUCACAAACUCCUACCCAUUGCGAAGCAGUUGCAGGAGAUGACUGCUGAAGCAUCCUCUCAAGGGCAAUCAGAUGGCACUACGAUUGAUACUGAACUUUCAAAUGUAAUUGAUGAUGAAGCACAUCCAUGUGGAACCAAAGUUCAUGGUAAUGAUGAAGCAUCUGACAAGCAGCUGCUUCUCAGGAAAUCUGUUCGCACUCAGCUUAGACUCAAGAAGGCAGAUGAUAAUGUCUCAAAAGUCACCAAACUCUCAGGGCCUGCACUUCAUGGCAAGAUGGCAAGUAGUCCCUUUUUUAUUGCUCCAGAAGAGGUUGGGCGCAAGAAUAGAAGACAGUCUGAAGUAUUUGUCAAGGCUCAAAAGAAACAAUCAUCUGUUCAAGAUUCCCCCCAGGAAGGAGUAAAUUAUCAUUCAUCUCCCAAUGCCAUCAGAGGACUAACCCCUGAUAAAAAGAAAUGCACACAACUUGGGAAGGGCCAAUCCAAUAAAACAAGAUCAAGUGGAGGAGCAUCUCUUAUCACAAGUUCCUUCUCCCCAAAGUCUCCUCCUUUGAGGAGAAAUGCCAAGGGUGAAACAGUGCUUCAUAAGGCUGCAAUUACUAAUGAUGUCAAGCAAGUAAGCACCCUCCUUGAGGAAGGAGUUCCACCAAAUGUCCAAGACAAUGCAGGCUGGACCCCAUUGCAUGAAGCAGCUCUAAGAGGCUUUGUGGAUGUGGUGAAAAUCCUCAUCGAUAAUGGAGCUCUUCUAAAUGUGCCAGGAGGUCCUGAAAAUGACACCCCCCUUCAUGAAGCAGUUGCAAAUAACCAUAUUCCUGUUGUGGAGUUGUUGGUAUCUCGUGGUGCAGAUAUUGGUGCUAGAAACAAGCAAGGAAAGACUCCUAUGGAACAUGCAAGAACAACAGUGAUGAAGGCAGCCUUGUCAGUCAAGUCUCCUCUACACAGUAUUCCUGAAAAAGCUCAAGAUGGACAGCUGGUCCCACUCUUCUUUGGCUACAAACUGUCAAUGGAUAAUAAGAAUGCACUAAAGCAGUUGAUCAAGAAUCUUUCUGGGAAGUGGACUAGUAUGACACCUGAGGUCUGCAUUGUUGUGCUGGAAUCUGAUGAGAAUGGCCUUUGUUCACGGAGCUUCCCUUACUUCCAGGCUAUUUUGCAGGGGAAAUGGAUUGUGCAGCCCACAUAUGUGAAAGCAUGCUUAACAGCUGGAAAGUUGUUAGACCCUGAGGACUACUUGGUGCAAGGUUCCAAGGAGUGCCCUGGGAACAGUGGGAUUCUCAAAGCCCAAAAAAACUUUGCUGCCAAGAAACCAGGAUUGUUUGAUGGGUGUCAUAUGUAUCUUCAAGGAACAUUCACCCAUCACUCUCCAUUGUCCAAACAUGAAGUUGAGAAGCUACUGAGACUUGGUGGUGGGCAGGUACAUUCUCGUCUCCCUGCUCCAGCUACAGUUGAGGAUCUGGACCGCAACAUCCCAUAUCAUGCUCCAUGGGAAGGUCCUCUCUCCACUGUGUCUCAUGUCAUCAUUUUUGAAGAGGGCCCAUCUCUGCCAUCGCUUCAAUACCAUAUGGGUCACAUUUAUUCCCUUCCUCUUGCAUGGCUCUUUGAUAGCAUUGAGCUGUUCACAUUUGUGGAGUCCUUCUGUUAA